AUUAAAGAGGGAGGUUGUUGAUGUGGUAUGUUGAGUAUCGAUGGAUUUGAUAUAAUAUAUUAAAAAUACGUGUAAUUUAUAUUAUACAAAUAUGUUCACUUUUAAAAUUGAUAUACUUGUCACAUUCCUAAUAUAUUUAACAUAUAGUUUCCAAUACAUAAACGCUUCUACACAAAAGUAUGUAACCUGCGGGUCAGUCUUAAAAUUAUUAAACACAGAUUAUAGAGUUAGGUUGCAUUCUCACGAUGUUAAAUAUGGUACUGGUAGUGGCCAGCAAUCAGUUACUGCCACUGAACUACAAGAAGACAUCAACAGCCACUGGUUAAUAAAACCAGGCAGUGGUAAGACCAUUGAAAGGGGGCAACCGAUCAAAUGCGGAUCAUCUAUUAGAUUAGAACACGUAGAAACCAAGAAAAAUUUACAUUCCCAUCAUUUUCAAAGCCCUUUGAGUGGUAAUCAAGAAAUUAGCUGUUAUGGUGAUAAUGGAGAAGGAGAUUCUGGAGAUAAUUGGGCAGUGAUAUGCUCAGGUGAUAGCUGGCUUAGAGAUGACAGUGUGAUGUUCAAACAUACAGACACUGAUAUGUACCUAUCAAUAUCAGGUAGAACAUUUGGUAGACCCAUCAAUGGACAAAUGGAAGUUAUUGGAAUACGAUCUUCCACAGGUUCUGUACACUGGCAAGCAUCUGAAGGUGUAUUUUUACAUGCUCCUGAUUUAGCUGCUAGACAUACACAUUCUGCACACACAGAAUUAUGAAUAUCUAAACCAAAAAUUUAGAGACUUAGAGAUGUUUGUACAUUUUUUUAAUUUAUUUUCAAUUUGUUAAUAGGGUGAAAAUGUUUGUAAUAAAUGCGUGAUUUACAA